CACUUUUGCAGGUCGGGGGCCUUUCCACCACCGUUCAAGGAAAUCAUUUCUUCCAUUCAUUCAUUUCAUCUCUGUUCCCCAUCGUCCUCCUUCCUUUCACUGGUUAACAGGCUCCGGCAGCCACUACUCUUGAAGCGUGUACACUUGCGUUUGCGCUGGCAUGUCUGCAGUUUAUAGACUUGACUAAAGGGAACAAAAGGUCUCGAGUCAGGUUACGACGCCCCCCGAGUUGGCUUCACAAUGCUGACGGGACGGUCCAGACGACAGUCUAAACCGUGUCUGCUAGUCGUAUUGCUACAGCUUCUUUGUCUUACACUUACAGUCUACGGCUGGAACCUCAAGAAUCCACUGUCGCUAGCUGUCCGUCUACACCAGAAUGGCUCUGGCGGGAAAGAGGCAUCUCACGGUCUUCUUAGACGGGCCAGUACCGUGGCAAUAUCGGAAACCCAGCCAUCAAUAACCCCAACCAAAGCCAUAGCAGAAAAUAUAGAACGCAAUCUGACGGCAAGUCCCUCCACUGAAGCUCUGUCUACACCCUCUGCAACGGCGAUUCCAUCGAGCACAAGUUCUCAGACAUCUUCCGUCCAUGCACCAUCCGCCCCUGCACCAUCAACGGAGAGCUCACCAUCACCGAUUGUGACAAAUCCGCCUCAUACUGUAUCAGCGUCUCCGAGCGGUAGUCAUACACCUGAACUGGUUAGCAGUAUCAAUGGUGGGCCGCUACCAUCGUCCUCUACCUCAGUAUCCGAACCUCUACCUACGAGCACGACUCAGAGACAUUGGCGGCCUCCGGAAGCGUUGUCCAAACGCCCUGAGCUUCCUAAUGGAGAUCAGUCGGGCGGUACCCUAGACAGUUCGAAUGACAUCUCUCCCAGACGUGGUGAUGGACCGGUUUUAAUCCCGGCUCCAGGUGUGCCAGGUUCCGGACCGUCCGGUAGUUCUCCAUUCGCUGACGACAAAGGUGGACAGUCUUCUUCGGUCACCCGAAUCGCUGUUGGGUUGUUGGUGAGCGGUUUUAUCGCAGCCGCCGUUAUAGGAGGCUUCUUGCAACGACAACGCCGCCGAAGAGGUGAUCCGGAAUCAAAGAUCCCUCCCAAUUUGGAUGGAGACACAGCCGCCAUGGGUAGUCCAAAGCCUCUGAAUUUGGAAGCAGCCUUUACAACAUCCGCGUUCUCAGACUCAACGUCUACGGUAACAAGCGGCACAACACUUGGCAUGAACUCGGUCACGUCAACUGUUCGCGGUAUACCGACACCUACCCCCCUUCCAAAAGCACCAGUCCCGCAAACAGGAUCGAAUACAAAUAGACUUGCAGUAUUUGCUCUGAAGCACCUCAACUUCAAUCUCCCUCAACUACUCGCCUCAUCAGCCGCCAAAAAACCUACGCUUCCGGCAAUACUACUCUCAAAACCACCACCACUUGCCUCAUUAGCCCUACCUCACCUUCUUACUAAAGAGCGUGAUAAGGAUAUUGACGCAGAAGACUACCUAAUGCCGAUGCGCACUCGAUCCCUUGAAUCGGUGUCGCAGUACUUUCACAGCGACAAUGACACAGUAUCAAGUAGCGGAACAUUGCACAGCGAUAACAGCACAUUGUCAAGCAGCGGGACAUUGCACAGCGAUCCAGCAUUAGCCAGCCUGCGACGAAUGUCGUUACCCGAUGCGGCCAAAAUGGCUUCAAUAUCUUCACAUAGACGAUGCCAUUCACUCUCCAGACCUUUUGGUACCAUGGCAACGCGGCGACACGAUAGUUUUGGCGCAACGAGUACGUCGUCAAAUAGUACAGGACGGAUGUCACAAUUUGGAGGAAGCGAUUCCAGCGCAGAGAGUCUAUCCCGAUACUUGGUGUAGACUUUGCAGAUAGAUGGACAAUGUCUCUAGGUUUUUUGCAUAGGAGUUUUGGAUAGUAGUUUUAGGAUAGAUCCUGGCAUAUUAGAUUGCAACAUUACACGAUGCAAAGACGUUUGCAUGCUCCCACAUCCCUCUACCAGAAUGGGUAUCGCACACCGUCAGGUCGCGAGGAGGGUAUCUAACCCAUCUGUAAUUAAGAUACUAAUCAGCUAUUAUAUUUCAAUAAAUAUAUCGGUUGUUUUUCCGAAUACAUUGUCC